AUGAGUUUAUGCUCUGAUCUCAUUAAGGGAUCAGACGAAAAGACUUUGGAGGACUUGACGUCCAAUGUGAAGCAAAUACAAGACAAUGUAUUAGAGGAGAUACUCACACUUAAUGCUAACACCGAGUAUCUUGAACGUUUUCUCCAUGGGAGCUCUGAUAAAGAGCUUUUCAAGAAGAACGUUCCCGUGGUGACCUACGAGGAUGUGAAGCCUUUUAUCGACCGUCUCGCGAAUGGAGAGUCCUCUGAUAUUAUUUCUGGCAAUCCCAUCACAGGAUUCCUUCUAAGUUCCGGAACGUCCGGAGUUAAAAGGAAGAUGUUUCCUCGUACCAACAAGUACUUGGAAAACCUCAAAUUCAUCUAUUGUUACCGUUCGCUCGUUAUAAGCAAGCAUAUAGAUGGUCUUGAGCAUGGGAAGGGAAUGGUGUUUAACUUUUGUACACCAGAGAACACAACUCCUUCUGGUUUGCCAUCAGCAGCUGCGACAACGAGCUUCUUCAAGAGUGAUUAUUUCAAGAACCGACCAUCAUGUUGGCAUUGGUCAUUCACAAGUCCUGACGAAGUCAUAUUGUGUCCAGACACCAAUCAGACUUUGUACUGUCAUCUUCUAUGUGGCAUUGUUCAAAGAAACGAGGUUGUCAAGGUUGGUGCCGCCUUUGUUUCAAUUUUGCUCCGAGCAAUCAUAUUUCUUGAGAACUUUUGGAAAGAAAUUUGCACUAAUAUCCGUUAUGGUCAUCUUAGUGAGUGGAUCACUGAUACUAGUUGUAGGGAAAGUGUUUCAAAGAUCCUUGGAGAACCUAAUCCUGAAUUGGCCGAUCUCAUAGAAAACGAGUGCAACAAGAAAUCUUGGGAAGGUAUAAUCCCAAGACUUUGGCCUAAAACCAAGUUUAUUGAAAGCAUUGCAACUGGUCAAAUGGCUCAACACAUCCCAACAUUGGAGUUUUACUCCAACAAGUUGCCAUUGAUUUCGUCUAGUUAUGUAUCUUCCGAAACUAUGUUUGGGAUUAAUAUGAGUCCUCUUUGCAAACCUAAAGAUGUCUCAUACACAUUUAUGCCAAACUUUUCAUAUUUUGAGUUCCUACUUGUUGACGCGGGCGAUCACAAAGUCGAAAUUGUUGAUCUCGUGGAUGUCAAGUUAGGUUGCUACUACGAACCCUUGGUCACAAAUCAUUCUGGUCUACACAGAUAUAAGAUGGGUGAUAUUCUUCAGGUUACUGGAUUUUACAACAAUGCACCUCAGUUUAGAUUUGUACGUAGAGGCAAUUUGACGCUAAGUGUUAAUAUGGAGGUAACAACAGAUGCAGACCUUUUAAAUGCGGUGACACAUGCAAAAGUGGUUCUUGAAUCAUCAGAUUUGAUGCUAAUGGACUUCACAAGCUAUGCGGAUAUUUCUACUUCACCAGGUCACUAUGUUCUUUACUGGGAACUCAAAGCCAAAUACAACAACGACAUUGCUGAUCAACUUGAUAACAAAGUUUUAGUAGAAUGUUGUUAUGUGGUGGAGGAAUCACUAAACAGUUUUUAUAGAGAUUAUAGAAGUAGAGAGGGAUCCAUUGGAGCGCUCGAGAUAAGAGUGGUGCAACAAGGAUCUUUCGAUGCUGUCAUGGAGUUUUUCAUCAGUCAAGGAGCUUCCUCGACUCAAUACAAGACACCCAUUUGCAUCAAAUCUUCCGAGGCCUUGGGGAUUUUAGAGAAAAGGGUUCAUGCUCGGUUCUUUACUGAUAAGUCCCUCUCCUCAUAAUUUCAUCUUUUAUGUCUUGUGUAUGCAUUAAAAUAAAAGCUCGUGGACAA